CUUGUGAACUUUCCGUGAACGCGCGGGCUUAUGUUUACUACUCUUCCUGUACCUGCAUCAUUUGCUUACCCCUAUAUCUGCAUCCUUAUAUCACUCCCAAAUCUCCCCUAAGCCAAUCUGUUUCUCUCAUCCCUGGCUCUCUCUAUUGAUGGAAAAAGGAAUGGCCUUCCUUGCUGAAUUCAGGGUCCUUAUAAGUAUCGUUCUGGUAUUAAUCCUUGUUUCUUCUGCUUCUAGUCAUAAGAAUAAUCAUCAUUAUUGUCCCCCUUCUUCCUGUGGCAAUAUCUCCAACAUCAGCUAUCCAUUUCGACUAACAGGUGAUCCAUCAAAUUGUGGAGACCAAAGGUAUGAGCUCUCAUGUGAUGACAAUAACCAUACAUUAUUAUAUUUACAUGAUAGUAAAUACUAUGUAAACCAAAUCAAUUACAGUGACUAUACAAUUCGAAUUGUAGACUCAAGUAUUCAGGAGGAUAAUUACUCCUUCAUCCCUCGUUAUUUUCUAAAUAAUGAUAAUUUCAGUAUAUUGUUGCCGGACUGGGUUUAUUCUGUAGAAGUUGUGGUUGUUGUGAACUGUGAAAAGCCAGUGACUUCGCAUUUCGGUUUAAAUUUCAUCACGACUUCUACGAAUUGUUCUAAUACAUAUAAUGGAUUUGGGCCUUCUUCCAACUCUUCUUUAUCUCAAUAUUCCAAACGGUACAUAUAUCUUAUUGUUGGCUAUGGAGUGGAUGUGAUGAAUGUGGAGGAGUCGUGCACGAUAGAGCAAAUGUCUCUGACAUCGUGGCCAGGACUAAUUGAUGCUGAUCAUCCUAUUAAUAUUUCCACAUGUAACCUCCGCAAUUUAUUCUCAUAUGGUUUUGUGCUUUCAUGGCACGGACUUUAUUGUGGAAGCUGCAGCAAAUACGAUAGUUGCGAAAUCAGCAACGAUAAUCAAGUUUAUUGCAAACGAUUGGGAAAUACUUUCGUUCGUUUCUUAGUAGAACAUGCCGAAACUGUAGCUUAUUAUACUGGAUUGUUAUGGCUCAACGACCGAUUAACCAAAGUACGACUCGCACCAUUUUAUACACUUCCUAAUUUGGCAGCUUUAUUGAUUGGAUUACUUCUCGAAUGGCGUCUUCCAAUUAGUGUAUUAGGCACUCCAUUUGUGAUUGCAUUUUUGAUAUAUAAAUGGCGACGGAGGCACUUAUCCAUGUACAACAAUAUCGAAGAAUUUUUGCAAGGCCAAAAUAACCUCAUUCCAAUAAGGUACUCAUUCUCAGAAAUUAAGAAGAUGACCAAAGGUUUUAGAGAAAUAUUGGGUGAAGGAGGAUAUGGCACUGUAUUUAAAGGAACACUUCGAAGUGGACGUCUUGUAGCAGUAAAGGUGUUAAGUCAAUCAAAAGCAAAUGGGCAAGAUUUUAUCAAUGAAGUGGCAACCAUUGGAAGGAUCCAUCAUGUGAAUGUAGUGCAACUCAUCGGUUUUUGUGUUCAUGGUUCAAAGCGUGCCCUUAUAUAUGAGUUCAUGCCUAACGGAUCUCUAAACAAACACAUUUUUUCAUCAGAGACAAAUAUCCUCAACUACGAUAAAACAUAUGAUAUUGCUUUAGGAGUGGCUCGUGGGAUUGAUUAUUUACAUCAAGGAUGUGACAUGCAAAUCUUACAUUUCGACAUUAAGCCUCACAACAUUCUCCUCGAUGAGAAUUUGAACCCCAAGGUUUCGGAUUUUGGCUUAGCAAAAUUGUACCCUGUGGAAGAUAGUAUUGUUCCUUUGACUCAUGCAAGAGGAACGUUAGGAUACAUGGCUCCUGAAAUGGUUUACCAAAAUAUUGGAGGCGUUUCAUAUAAAGCUGAUGUCUAUAGCUUUGGAAUGUUGUUGAUGGAAAUGGCAAGUAGAAGAAAGAACUUGAAUGCAUUUACUGAACAUUUAAGCCAAAUUUACUUCCCCACUUGGAUAUAUGAUCAAUUGCAUGAUGGAAAGAAUAUAGAAAUACAAGAUGCUACUGAAGAUGACAGAAAAAUAUGUAAGAAGAUGAUGAUAGUCGCAUUAUGGUGCAUACAAUUGAAGCCUACCGAUCGUCCAUCAAUGAACAAAGUCGUCAAAAUGCUUGAAGGAGAUGUUGAAUGCUUACAAGUUCCUCUCAAGCCUCUCCAUCCAUCACCAAAUAGAGAGAUAAAGGGUGCUAGAGAUAAUUCAAAUCAAGUUUCAUCGUCAAUUCAGUCACACCAUCCUUAGUACUUGGAAAGUUUGAUUUGGAAGCUUAAAGCGAAAUGGUACGUGACAGACGAGAACAAAAUGACGGUGGAUCCAAUAACCGAAGAGAGAAAGAUCAUUCGUUGGACGGAGGACACAUGUUGGUGGAUGCAAUCCAUCAAAUGAUUAAAACACUAAAACAACAACAUGAGUUGUUUCUUACACAAAAUCAACAACAUGACGACACAUUUAGAGAUUCCAAAGGCACAUGUUAUUAUAUAGGAAAAUGAUAAACUUACUUCUUAUUAACAACUUGUAUACUACUAUAUAAUAAAAUAAUAUUAUUUUAAA